UACUAGAAGUUCAAGAGUUCAAGUUCAAAAACAUGGCGUUUUAUUUAUAAAUUUGACGUUUACAUUACGGAUAAAAUCAUAAACGGAUUAACUAUGUCAGAUCUAGUUUCGAAAUGUGUUUUGCGUGUGGAAGUAAAUGAAACAUCCCAAGAUGCUGAAGAUUCUAGAGGAGCGGAAGCUUUAUCAAAUUCUGAAACCAAACCGAAUCAGAAGGGAAGAGGACAGAGAAAAAUUCGUGAUAUUAGCGUGGAGACGUUCCCAAGCCGUUUAGAAAGCCCUAGAGAUGACUGGGGACUUCUACCACUGUGUUCUCGUGAGACAACCCCUUCUGGCGAUAAGAACAAAGAGCCAGUUGAAGAAAAAGGUGAAAUUGGCUUUUUUAGUGGGAACCCAUUCGUAGAAGUUACCAAAGGCAUUCUCCAUUUGUAUAAAGAGGAUGUUUUGAGCAGCAGGAAAGAAGCAUUAACAUUGUGCUUACUCGGAGUUCCAACGUCGAUGACUUGCCAUGAUUUGUUGGCGUUUACAGCACCCUGUCAUGCUGAUAUAUCUCACAUUAGAGUAUUGAGGGAUUCUUCACCUAAUCAGUAUAUGGCCUUAUUAACUUUUCGAAAUCAUGAUGCAGCAAUGGAGUUUUAUUUAACGUUUAACGGGGCUCCGUUUAGUAGUCUCGAUCCAGACAGUAUUUGCAGAAUAGUUUGGGUUUCGAAGGUAGAAUGGGCUCAUGACGGUUUACCGCCACCGGGCCACACCGAAUUGCCUAUAUGCCCAGUUUGUCUCGAACGUAUGGAUGAAUCCGUCGAUGGUGUCUUAACAAUAUUAUGCAACCACGCAUUCCAUGCCAGCUGUCUUGAGCAGUGGGGCGAUUCGACGUGUCCAGUAUGUCGAUGCGUUCAAAGUCCCGAACAAGCAGAAACGUCGGAAUGCGAGCAAUGUGGUACUUCUGCACCUUCUCCCGACGCACUGUGGAUAUGCCUUAUCUGUGGCCACGUUGGGUGCGGAAGAUAUCAAGGAGGUCACGCCGCUUCUCAUUAUCGAGAAUCGGGACAUUGCUAUGCUCUGCAGUUAGGAUCGCAUAGGGUUUGGGAUUAUAAAGGUGAUAAUUUUGUCCAUAGACUUCUACAGAACAAAGCAGAUGGUAAGUUGGUGCCAUCUGAGGGUCCGCCAUCCGAAUCAGAGGGCGCCCAAGAAAAAGUUGAUUCCGUACAGCUAGAAUUCACAUACCUGCUAACUUCACAGUUAGAAGAACAACGGAUGUACUUCGAGGAUAAAUUAGCACUAUUAGAAAGUCAGUUAUCUGACGAGACUAAACAUCUUAGGGAAGACGUUGCUGCUAUAUCAGAAGAAAAUAAAGUUCUACGAAAAAAAUUGUCCGCUGUCAGCAAGGAAAAACAGGCCGUCGAGCGAAAGUUGCAACAACAAGGUUCAAAAUUAGCGGCUACUUUAAACGACUUAAAUGAAGAAAGGCAGUUAGGCAAAGCUCUUAGAAAUAAUCAGCAACAGUGGCAAGCCAAAAUAACGAACUUGGAAGAAAAAUUUAACGAACUGAAACGGAACAAGGAAAAAGAAGUUUCUGAAUUGAAGGAACAAGUUAGAGAUCUUAUGUUCUUUAUAGAUGCACAGAGGGUUAUUGAAAAAUCUGACGAUAAAGAAGAUAUAGCAGGGGGAACUGUUACUAUAGGAGAACAGCCAAAAACAUCAAGCAAAAGGAAAAGUAAAAAGAAACGUUAAAUCUGAUUCAUCUAUAACUUAAGAUUGUAACUUUAAUAGUAAGAUAAGGCGUAUCUGUUUAUUUUUGUGAGGAAUACAUUAUAUUAUAAAUAAAAUAAUUUUACUUUUUA